UGCCGCUGGAGUCGCAGGCGUAUCAUCGGCGCCGCGAAGAGCUUUCUUACACUGCUGUUGCAGCGGACCAAUAACAGCCCGGGUCUGGUUGGGCUUGCUGAAGCGCGUCUGACAACAACCGCGCGGCCUGACGAUAUUGGGCUUGAACGGGAACANAUGUUUUCCCACAGCUCUUGUGGGCACAUACUGCGCACUUGGGGCUGGCAUUUGUUGCAUCUGUGCAAAGCAGAGGUUGACUCCCAGCUGUCCAUUUGCACAUAUGACCUAGGCAACGACGACAAGGAACGGCUCGGACCGCCCCUGAGAAGUCGGCCUUCGUAAGGAUACUGGGCGAGUAAAUUGACAUAACGCAGGAUUUAGGCGGCGAAGGCGAGGGUG